AUGGCUAGUAAACAGCUCGGGAAACUUCGACAGUGGGCUGGUGAAAAAAUAUAUUCGCGAGACAAGACGGUUAUCGCGGAUGAGUUCAAAGAGUUGGAACAGGACAUAGAUCUGCGCAAGGAAGGCCUCCUGCGGAUGCAGACAGUGUCUGAAGUUUACCAUCGAGCCUUGUCAAAGAAGAAGGAAUCUGCGGCGGCUCAUGAAACGGAGAAACUCAUGCCAAUCGACGCUCUGGGUAUCGUCAUGAUUACACAUGGAGAGGAAUUUGGAGAAGAUUCGGAAUAUGGCACCUCACUUGUGAAAAUGGGCCGCGCCCAUUGUAAAGUGGCCACUCUCCAGGAAGCUUACGCUCUGACGUUUAACGAUACCUUUAUCUCGUCCUGCCAGAAGUUUGGAGAUGAUAUCAAAGACUAUGAGCACCAACGAAAGAAAUUAGAAAGUCGGAGGCGAUAUAGAUUGAGUUAUGAUGCUGCUAUCACCAAAGCGGAAAAGUUGAAGAGUAGCAAAAAGGAAAAGGACAAGAAGGAAGCUGAAGAAGAGCUACAAAGGUGCAGAUUGCGCUACGAGGAAACUUCGGAAGACGUACGAGUCCGCAUGCAUGCCAUUCAGGAGAAUGAAAUACAACAAUUACGCGAGCUGACGACGUUUUUGGAUCUCGAGUUAAAUUUUGCCAAGCAGUACUAUGAGGUAUUGAAAGAUGUCAAACAGACCUGGUGCAACGAGUCUACACUUUCGAAAUUUGAGAGCUCGAGGUCGACUGGUCCGCUUCACGUAUUCUCUCGUUCUAUGGAUGACACCAAAUUUAACUCUGUACGGUCGAAGCGAUCCACCAAGACCACUCGUUCCAAUGCUGUGGACUCUUCAGAAGAAUCAGAAGGUGAACUGACGGGUAAGCCUCCCUUGCGGCGCAAGUCGGACUCGGGGAGCAAGCCUCCCUCUCGACCUACAUCUAGAGCAUCAAGGUUACGAUCUGAUAGCGCUGCAACCGUGGAUGCGGGAAAGACCGACAGGUCGACCAAGAGGAAGAGCGUCACUGGCUGGGCUUCUAGUGCCGUGAGCACUAUCUCAGGGCGUGGAAAAAAGGAGAACUUUUCUGCUCUUCCAAACGACGAAGAUGAUGUCAAAGAUAUCAGUGAUAUUUCUCGCCCUCCAAGCUCGCGAUCUUUUACCAAGAAGUCACCGAUCAUUAAAUCCAAAGAUCUUGGAAACGAAUCAUCACCAAGGAUCCCUAUCCGCAUUCUAAAGCCACCUUCGAGGCAGGAUAAGAAGAUAGUUAGAGCGUUAUAUGAUUUUACAGGUUCUUCUGAUGAGCUGAGUUUCAAAGCUGGAGAUGAGAUCAUGGUGAUAAAUGAGGUGUUAGAAGACUGGUGGUUAGGAGAACUAGACGAUGGCCGUAGAGGUCUUUUCCCAACACCCUACACAGAGAUCUCAACAUCUAGAGCGACUCGACCUCCUUUGCCCCAUCGGUUUGGUCCAAACGCAGACGCUGCACAGUCAUCAGAUGACGAACUCCGCCCAGUCCAUUCAGCUGGACAUUUAGAAUCUGACGAUGAAAGAGAACCUUUUGACGACCCUCCACUUAUGCCUCGCAGUCCGUUGUAUGGGCUUGGAUAUGAUACCGAAAGCAUCACCAGUACAGUGGCAGAAGAGGACGAAGAAAGGCGUUUGAUGCCUGCAAAAAAGGACGUCGAUAUUGAUCUCAACGAUUCCCUCUUGAUUCCAAGGACGGGGCAGGCUCCUUUUAUAAGCAGUAGGUCUAACCCUGAGGUCAGUUUAGCGAGGAAAGCCCCGCCGCCUCCACCUCCUCGAAGGUCGACAGGCAAUGUUCUUGCUGCCCCACCGGUUCCCGAUCGUAGAGCCAUUGCUCACCGAUCUCAAUCCAAUGGUUCUCUGUCGAAGCAAAUCACCCCUGCCUCGUCGUUUAGUGGUUCUCAAGACGGUUCUCCAUUUGACAGCCUGAUGGACGUUUCUGCAGCAGAUUGCAAAGGGUUCAGACAAAACCCUUUCAAGCCCCGCGGUUUCUGCAGCAACUGUUUCCAAAUGCAUACAUAA